CAGUAUUGAGUUUCAUCUUUUAGAGGAUCUGCGACAGUUUGGAUUUAUUUAUUUAUUUUCCCUGCAAGGACACUUGACAGAAAAGUAGAUUUAAUUCAAAUGCAUUGCAACACAGAGGACGGAACAUCUCUGCAAAUAUGCUUUAUAAUAAAUAUUACAUGUGGAAUACAGUAUUGGCUGCAUUUUAAAUCCGGUUUCCACCGUGCGUUGCAAACUGAGGAGGGAAACACUGGGAAGGCGGAAAUACCUUUGAGACCCUGAGGACUCCCCCACACCUCAACCAAUGGAACUGCAUAGAAUAAAACAACUGGAUUAUAUAUAAACACUGGCACUUACUAUUACUGGCUGCUUUAUUUUUUGGGGGGCGGGAGGGGGGACACACUCCAUCAGCUUCUGCAUUUCUUUUUUCCACUCCUUUCCCCUACUCCUUGUUAUAAAUGAUGGCUCAUACUGGGAUAAGAGGUUACGACACAAGAGAGAUAGUGCAGAGGUACAUACAUUACAAGCUGUCGCAGAAAGGAUAUGACUGGGUUGCCAGUGAAGACAGAGAAGACCUUUCUCCUCCUCCUUCUCCUCCUGCUGCUGCAGAGACCUUCCCUAACCUUGCUAGGCUGGCAUCUCAUCCUUCCGAGCUGCCUGUAAGUAACGUCGCCCCGGCUGAGGGACCGCACCCUGUGCCACAGGUUGUCCACACGACUUUACGUCAAGCCGGGGAUGAGUUUUCGCGGCGUUACAGGAGGGACUUUGCUCAGAUGUCGGGACAGCUGCACUUGACCCCGGUCACUGCCAGAGCUCGCUUUGCGGCAGUUGUUGAAGAGCUCUUCCGAGACGGGGUGAACUGGGGGAGGAUUGUGGCGUUCUUUGAGUUUGGUGGCAUGAUGUGCGUGGAGAGCGUAAGUCGGGAGAUGUCGCCCCUUGUGGACAAUAUCACAGUGUGGAUGACUGAGUACCUGAACAGGCACCUGGACAACUGGAUCCAGGACAAUGGAGGCUGGGAUGCUUUUGUUGAGCUCUACAGCAACAACAUGAGGCCUUUGUUCGAUUUCUCAUGGCUGCCUGUGAAGACAAUCCUGAGUCUGGCCGUUGUGGGUGCCUGCAUCACCCUUGGAGCUUAUCUGGGGCAUAAGUGACUUCAACCAACUUGUGGCGAACUGAUGAAAAAGUCUCUUUUUUAUUUUAAUUGAAAAGAGAGGAUCAGAAAGCACGAGAGCUUUUUUGUUUUUGUUUUUCCUGUAGCGUAAUGCUAUUAUUUUAUGAGCCAAGUAUCUUUCUGUCUAAAUAUUAAAUCAGCUAUUACUGCCAAAGGGAAUAUUCAUUUAUUUUUUACAGUGCAGGAGAAGAGUUAUUUAUUGAAGAUAUUUUACAUUUAACCCGCUAUUUUCCUGAAAUUCUGCAAGUUAUACCCACGUGCAUCUUUAUAAUGGAAGUUUAAGGACACUCCAAAGAUCUUCAGCUUUCUUGCAAAAUGCCGCUCGACAAGACUAUUUUUAUCACAUUGGACUACAGGGCACAAGAGACUGAGGUGUUUUAUCUGCAGGAAAGACAGUAAAUGGGCUACUUGCAGAGGUGUAAAUUUGCAGUUUUUCACUCUGCCUACUGAAGGAGGAAGCUAAAUCACAGCAUGGAUGAGAUAGGAGCAAUUUCAAGCCAGUAACGCCUUUGGGAUAUAGCAAUUUGACAUGGUACCUAUUCAGAGUGAGAAACGACUCGAGGUUCAGGCCAGUAAUAUACCCCAUGUAGCUUGUCAGCUCAGGCCCAAAGCUGACGUCUGGGAAUACGAUUUCAUCCCAACUUGUGAAGCAUCUUGAUAUGUACUGUUUUGUGCCACUCGACACCACCGUAGGUCAUCGUUGGGAGGAUACCAUUUGUGCCUCCUCAAAGCAACGAUUUGAAAAGAAAUAACUUCAUAACUGCAGAACAAAUAUUCUGUUUAUAGAGUGUAUACUUCAAUCCUCACUUUACUACACGGCCAUCAGGAAACCGUAAGUGCCUGCACCUGCCUUGCAGGACCUGGAGCCUGGAUGUUCUGGCUCGCAUCCCCACUGGAGUGAGAGUUUACCCACAGCUGACCCUGCUUUUACUCUCUGAUUUCUUCUUUGCUGGGUGGGGUGGU